AUGUCGUACAACGGAAUAGGGCUCAAGUCGGCAAAAGGGUCAUCUACGUCGGGCCACGUGCAGCGAUCACUUGCUAGCAACAAUAGGCGCAGACUACAGGGUAGUCAACAGCAACGGCAGCAGGGGCAAAAUGCCAUUAAAAAGGCCAGCCACGACAAGGCAAACAGGCCUCUUGCUGUGCAGAAACAGAUGGAGACCCAUAUGGAGAAACGUGAGAUCGAAGUACAAGUUAGCGAGCUACGGGAUCGACUAGAGGAGGACGAAUCGCUUCCGGAAGACCAGAUUGACAAGAGAUGUGAAGCGUUGAGGGCAAAACUGACGAGCGAGUGGCAAGAACAGCAGCGGGUGUCUUCUUUGUACACCUCUCGUAAGGCGCGUCUAACGGAAGAGCAGCAAGGACACGAAUAG